AUGGGUAAUCGCGGCGUGCAGUUUCGGAUGUGCCGUGGACAAGCUAUAUUCGGUCUACUCCCACUGCUCGAUUCUAACCAGAAGUGGGUGAUGCUUUUUGCGAGGCUGUUGACAGGAUUCGGUGCAGGUACCCUAUCGGUAUUGAGAGCAUACGCGGCCACAGCCUCUACACCUCGUGAUAGGCUCAGUUCUGUCUCUUUUGGAACUGCUGGCUAUGCAGUUUUCACCCCGGUGGGGGAGAAGGGAUUUCGACUUCGGGAAUCGGAUCGAUUGAUUUUCAAUAUGUACACACUGCCAGCAUUUUUCAUGGUGCUGCUUUCUAUUGCGUGUUGCCUAAUAAUUACUCUAUUUUUCAAAGAAGAGUAUGCUGGCAUUAUUGAGACGAAAAAAGAAGAUAACGACGUGGUCAUUCCAAAGUUCGAUGUGAUACCAGCUUUAAUAUGUAUCUACCUGUGGAUGGUCUCAUGCAUGGUUGCGACCAAUAUUGAAGUGUGA